AUGGGAAAAAGGCUUUUCAUAGAAUUCAGCACUUCUUAUAUUCCAAUUAUUAACCCAAGAGGCUCAUGAAUUCUUCUUUAUAACUCAAAUUUUCUAGUAAAACAGCUUGGCGGAAAGUCAAUCAAAGUAAAAUCUUCUCCAGGCAAAGGCUCAACUUUUUGAUUUUUCUUUGGUAUUUCCAAGUUUAUCCCCCCAAUUUAUUAG